CUUAAAUAAAAAAAAAAGAACUGUCAAAGCUCGUUCAUCUUCAAUCUUUUAUUGCUCGAAAAAUAUUCGAUUGAUGACACGUACUUGAUUCAUUUUUAUUCACUAGAAAUAAGAAAAGUUGUUUGAAUAUCGUUUCGUACACGAACAGGACAUAAAGCUUGGAAAUGUGUUGAUGGCAAAGUACGUUCUGGUUGGACUAAAUAAGUACGCCCUGGAACCUGGAACAGAAAAAAUAUUCCCUGUAUGCGAAGGUGUUAUUAGUGAACGUACAAAUGAAGAAACUACGAUUUGUUUGGCUGGUGUGGCUUGCUGCAUCAUGUUGUGUUGUGAAUAGUCAACAGAUUGUCAAUUCUGGUGGACCGCAAAUGAUUAAGCUGUUGGAUGAAGAAGGCUGUGGCCAGUUGAGGGCAUUAUGUCCGACUAUUGCGAAUGGUGCCGAAGACUUGAAAGCCCUGGAAUGUAUACAAAACUUAUCCCAGGAACAAGUGGAUGCAUUGACCGACGAGUGUCAGCAUCAGAUUUGGAAGCACACCUUGGCCCUAAUGGAUGACCAGAACAUCCACCGGCUUGUGCAAAAAGGAUGUUCCAAAUACUACGACAAGUUUAACUGCAAAAUUAAAUCGGAACCGGGCCAGUAUCUCUCCUGUGUGAUUGAUCAAAGAGAGACAAUCAAAGGAAAUGGAUGUAGAGAGUUCAUCCAACGCCUCGAGUACGUAGCGUUUUCCGAUUAUCGUUUGAUUGGUCCUUUCCUGAAGGAUUGUACCCGCGACAUUGAAUCUCUGAGUUGUGGUAGAGUUAGCAAUGACAAGGUUUCCCAGGGAGAAACGAUCUCCUGUCUGCAAACUCAUUUGGAUAAAUUGAACGGUGAAUGCAAGAAAGGCGUACUCCACUUAUCCGAAAUUCAAACCGACGAUGUGAAAUUAGAUCGUCAAUUAUUUCUAAUGUGUGCGGUAGAUGCGAUUCGGUUUUGCCCGUCGAUUCCUCCAGGAUCUCAGCUAGUAUUACGCUGUCUGAUGAAAAAUCGCAACGAUGCACGGAUGACAGAGCAUUGCCAGAGCCAGCUAUCGAGGAGAGAACGUCUGAUCGCCCACGAUUACCGGAUGAGCAAAGGAUUGACUCGGGCAUGUAAGGAUGAUAUUAAAACACAUCAUUGCAGACGAGGAGUGUCUGACGAUAAAGAUGUGCGACUGGCACAGAUUUUGCUUUGCUUGGAAGCCGUACAGAAAAACAGUUCGAAAUUGAGCCAUGAUUGCGUUUCAGAGAUCAACGAACACCGAAGAAUGCUGAUGGAGGAUUACAAACUGUCGCCUGAAAUUCUCACCGGAUGCGCGGACGAUAUUGAUAAAUUUUGCAGUAACCUCGACGCCGGUGGUAAAACUAUCCAUUGCCUUAUGGAGCACGCUAGACCGAAGAAGAAGAAAGAGCGACGGGUGACGGAGGUUUGUUUGCGAGCCCUAGAAAGUUUAGUUAAGGUGGCGGAUGUUGGGGAAGAUUGGCGUGUUGAUCCGGUCCUGAGAAAGGCUUGCAAACCGGUCGUCGAUGUCGCUUGCUCCGACACGGAAGGAGGCGAUGCACGAGUUAUGUCCUGUUUGAUGGAGAAACUUGGAACGAAGUUUAUGAACGGGGAAUGUGAAUUAGCUUUGCUACAAAUUCAGUACUUCAUUGCGAGAGACUUCAAAUUGGACCCUCAGUUGUAUAGAAACUGUAAAGAUGAUGCUAUGCGAUACUGUAAAGCGAAAAAAACAUGGGCUGAUUUGGAUACUGCUCAGAUGGAUCCAGAACGGGGUCCCCUUAUUCUUCCAUGUCUGCAUCGGUACGCUUACCAUCCCGAAAAGGAUAUGCAGCUCAAGCAGGAAUGCUUUCAAGAGGUGAAACGUGUGAUGCGACAACGUGCGAGAUCAGUGGAUUUGAUCCCCGAGGUUGAAGAUGAGUGCAUCGAUGAUCUGGCUUAUUUUUGUUUCGAUAAGACAGGAAAGGGCGAGGAAAUGUUGUGCCUCCAAGAAAAUCUUGAAAAACUACAGCAGAAAUGUAAAGACGCUGUGAGCAGCUAUACCGAGGAAGAAGCAGCUCACAUUGAAUUGAACCCAGUAAUAAUGGCUGUAUGUGGAGAUGCAAUGCACAAACAUUGUGCAGAUAUCUUGAAAACGAGCAAAGAUGAAGGUGAUAUGAUGGAGUGUUUAAUUUCCUACAAGAACGAUGCCGAUAUGCGAAACGACGUCCGAUGUCGAGCUGCGAUUGAGCAUUUUCAAAUUAUCUCACUGAAGAACUAUCACUUUACGUACAAAUUCAAGGAAUUUUGUCGACCGUAUGUUACUCGAUUCUGCCCACAGAGCAACACAAAGUACGAUGUGGUAGCUUGCCUCAGCGAGGUGAUGCGAAACGAUACAAUCAAGGGAGCGAAACAUUCGAUUCCGAAGGAAUGCCGCCAGCAGGUACGGUCCCAGCUUUACCAGCAGCGGGAGAACAUUGACUUCGAUCCGAAACUGAAAGCGGCUUGCAAGGAAGAAAUCAGCACUUACUGUUUCAACAUACCGCACGGCUCCGGACAGGUGAAUAAGAACAAUGUUUUGGAAUGCCUGCAAACCCAUCAUGGCAAGUUGGGUGAACAGUGUCAGCACGUGCUGUUCUCGAUCAAGAAGUCGGAAUUAAGUGACAGCGCGACGGAUUACAUUCUGCUGAAUACUUGCAAGGAUAUGAUUCGGCAGUAUUGUCAUGAUACGGAACCUGCGGCGAUUCUUAAUUGUUUAAAGAUCCACCGGGACGAGAAUUUGUUCGAUGGCAGAUGUCACCUGGUGGUGGUGAAUCGAAUGAUCGAACAAAACAUGGACUACCGGUUUAAUCCGACACUACAAGAAGCGUGUGCGAGAGAUAUCGCUGAUCACUGCACUAACAUUGUGACCAGUGCAAAGGCGAACGAAGAACUGAACGGAAAAGUUAUAGGUUGUCUCAAGAGUAAAUUUCGCGAAGGAAAGCUCCAUUCGAAUUGCGAGAAACAGAUGACGGAGAUACUGCACGAGCAAGCCUUGAACUAUAAGUUGAACCCGUUGCUGCAAAGUGUAUGCAAGGAUGAGAUCCAGGUGCUGUGUAGUUCGGCAGCGGAUAACGGAUUCGAUGAAGACCACGGAAAGGUAGAGGAAUGUCUGAAGCAAGCGUUCUUGCAAAAGAAAAUGAUCAAUCAAGCUUGCAAAGUUGAGGUGGCCGAAUUGAUUCAAGAAGGCAAGGCAGACAUCUAUGCAGAUCCGAUGUUGCAGAGGGCGUGUGCCGUAGAUUUGCUCAAGUACUGUUCCAAUGUGCAGAGCGGAAAUGGAAGACUUUUGAAAUGUUUGGAGGUUAUCCUGCAAGACGAAUCGAAAGCGUUGGAUGAUGACUGCAAAAACACACUCCUGAAACGAAUGGAAAUGUUUAGGAAUGCUGCUGUGGUUAUCCCCCAAGCGGAGAGUCUCAGCCAGCUAUAUACCCAAGUUGUGGAUUCACCUUCAAAACACUACUUCUUACUGGUACUAUUAAGUUUCGUGGGAUUCAUCUUCAUCUUUGGACUGUUGUGUGGACGUGUUACGAGGCGGACAAUUGCAAUGAAGAACAAAUAGUUACAAAUGUGCCGAUUACUCCGGCGCAGAAAUGAUAAAAAGUUAGUUGCGAAUUUGCAACUUUCAUUGCAAGUCUAGUUCACGUAAAAUUUCUUUAUAGAAAAGGAAGCAAGUGCUAAAAGAAAGAACGUGUUUGUGUGAAUGAGUAUAAUAGUGUUGUGUUUUCGCGUAUACGUUUAAAAACUAUUCGAACUUGAAAAUUUAAAAUUUAUAUUGUUACUUUGGCCGCUAUUUCACGAGCUGCUACUUAAGAACCAAAAUUGCAUAUGCAAACAAUGGUCGGCUUUAGAGGCCCAAUUUUAAAGUGUUUUCAUCGAGCACAUGGAGAAAAAGUGUUUCUUUUUGUACUAUAUUAGUUAGAUGAGUUUUGUAUGCGGAAGGCAAAAUACUGUGUCCGCUCAUAUAUUACCACAAUAAUAACUAAUCCUUUUCAAUCGAAACUAUAGGGGUUAGUAGCAGAAUAACGAAGAAUAUAUCACUAGAAAAAAAAACAUUUUAUACGUAGUUUUAACUUGAAAGUAAGAUGGAAUGUAAAACAACCACAGAGUUGUUUC